CCGUCACCGGCCCCCAAGACUCCACGUGGUCUGUAGACCAUGCUAUAAAUCAUCACGAAAUAACAUCAUCGAACGUAUUCGCGUUCGCGAAAACGUAUCGACAAUUAUAAUCUCUCAUUCUCAAUACAAAAGUAAAUAAACAAACUGCAGUGGAGUGUCAGUGGCAACUAGUCUACAAUAAAUAAUAACACCAGAUCAUGAAAAUAAAACCUGAAAAAAUAGUUAAGUACACCAGAGACAUUCGUAGCUGGGAUAUCGUUAUAUUAUCUGUUUUCAUAUACGUCUUAUGACCAUUUCUAGUCGAUAUGAAGUGCUACAUUUUGUACGCUUCGGCAGUAUUAUUCAGCUUUAUCAGCGCUGAGACAGUACAGUCAUGUGAUAGUUUAAUUUAUUGCCAAGGGAAGCUAUUGGACACAAUACAAUCCGCGAGGAUCUUCAGUGACUCAAAGACGUUCGUGGAUUUGAGCCAACGGCAAUCUCCGGAUGAAACUUUGAGAAAUUUCAAAAAGUUUAUGGCAAAAUAUAACGAUAAUCCAUCUAAAGACGAAGUUAGUAAAUUUGUGGAGGAUAAUUUUAAGGAUAACAAAGAAUUAGUAGAAUGGACACCUCCAGAUUUUAACGAAAAUCCCAGUUUCCUCGAUGGAAUAAAAGAUCCCAAAGUUUUAGAAUUUGCGAAAAUACUUGUAAACAUCUGGCCAAAUCUAGCCAGAAAAGUAGAUGAGUCCGUGAGCAAGCAUCAAGAUCAGCAUUCCUUAAUCUAUCUUCCGCACGGUUUUAUUAUUCCUGGAGGAAGGUUUAAAGAAAUUUAUUAUUGGGAUACAUACUGGAUUAUUAAGGGUUUAUUGCUUGGUGAGAUGACGGAAACUGUUAAAGGUAUCUUGGAAAAUUUCCUCUCCCUAGUUGACAGAUAUGGCUUUGUACCGAAUGGCAGUCGGGUAUAUUACUUAAACCGAUCUCAACCACCCUUACUGUCUCUGAUGGUGGGCCUUUAUAUAGAUGCAACUAACAACAAAGACUGGUUAGAAGCAAAUGUAGAUACUCUCGAAAAGGAAUUGACGUGGUUUUUAACAAAUCGUAUGAUAUCUGUUCACGGGCACAAGAUGGCAAGGUAUGCGUGUACUAGCGGCACGCCCAGACCGGAAUCUUACUAUGAGGAUACUGUUACUUGUCAGUCCUUUAAAGACAAAGAUAAGGAACAGUGUUAUAAGAACCUAAAAAGCGGAGCCGAAAGUGGUUGGGACUUUUCCUCACGUUGGAUCUUAAGAGAAGACGGAACAUCCGGACCGGACUUGCCAGAUAUUGACACCUUCAGAGUCAUACCUGUUGAUUUAAACGCUUUUCUAUGCAAAUCCUUUAAAGAGUUAUCUAGAUUUUAUUCAAUACUAGGCAAUGUUGACAAAGCUCAAGAAUGGAGCGGCAGAGCUGACAAGUUAGAGAAGGGCAUUCAAAAAUUUCUUUAUUCCGAGGAAGACGGCGUUUGGUAUGAUUUCGACAUAAAAUCUGGAAAAUCUAGGAAAGGCUUUUAUCCUAGUAACUUAGCUCCUUUAUGGACAGGAGACUUCGAUAAAAAUCCCGAAACUGGAGAAAAAGUCGUUCAGUACUUAAAGAACAAUAACAUUGACGAUUUCAAAGGUGGUAUUCCUUCAUCAUUACUUGACAGCGGUGAGCAAUGGGACAUGCCAAAUGCCUGGCCUCCUUUGCAAGAGAUCGUCAUCUUAGGCCUUAAGAACACUAACAAUUCCGUAGCUUUAGAUAUGGCGGAAAGAGCUGGCGAAGAGAUAUGUAGAUGCGUGUAUGCUGGGAUAUGACAAAACUCAAACGAUGUACGAGAAAUAUGACGCCACUACACCGGGGGCAAGUGGCGGCGGCGGAGAAUAUAAUCCUCAAACUGGGUUUGGAUGGACCAAUGGAGUAGCGCUUUCACUUAUUGAUACCUUUUAUAAAAAAUAGUAUUUUUGUAACGAUAAAUUUUACAAAACGUA